AUGUUCUCACGACUUUUUUCAUUGUAUACAGAAUUCAAGAUACCGAAGCCGGACUUGACGGACAAGGUGAUGUUGGUGACAGGCGGAGCUUCAGGAAUAGACAAAGAAACUGCAAAGGCAUUAUUAGAACAUAACGCCAAAGUGUACAUUGGAGCGCGUGAUGCGGCAAAGGCUCGGAUGGCUAUCGAUGACUUCCGCUCGACAACGAGGAAAGAAGCACAUUCUUUGAAAGUACACUUGGCAGAUCUCAAUUCUGUCAAAGCUGCAGCUGAGCAGUUCACAAGUCAUGAGACCCACCUUCAUAUCCUCUACAACAACGCCGGCUUGCUUGCACCCCCUGUAACGGAAGUAAGUGCCCAAGACUAUGAUCUCCAAUUUGCUACACACGUUAUCGGUACUAGUUGCCUCCAUUUCACGGUGCAACGAACUUCUUUCCCUCCUAUUAUCCACCGCCAAGACAACGCCAGAGAAAAGGUCCGCAUUGUCAAUACAUCGUCCAUCACCCAUGUUCUGCGCGGCCUUGAUUUCGCUACCUUUAAAGACGGCCCAAAGCGGCAGAAGAUAUAUACCGACAUGUUAUAUGCUCAAAGCAAAUACGGAAUGAUAGUCUCCAGUGAGCUCGCACGGCGGUAUGGUUCUCAAGGGAUCAUCACGACCACCCUGCACCCUGGGUGCAUCAAGACAAACUUCCAUCGCAACGUCCUACCUGCCGUUGCUGCUACGCAUGGCCAAUAUCCAGCCGACAUGAGCGCACUAACGAUACUGUGGGCCGGCACCUCUGCCGAGGGAACUGAAUUAAACGGCAAGUAUCUCAUUCCAUGGGCUCGAGUUGGGGUAGCUAGCAAAGGUACUCAGGAUCCCGAACUUGGUCUGAAACUCUGGGAAUAUUUAACGCUGUGUUUAGAAGCAGAUUAUUUUAAAUAA